AUGGAUGGUAUGGGACCAGGCGAGGGGGCAACAGGGGCCCAAAAUGGGGCCUCCAAUCAACACAAAAAAGACAGCAUCCCCUCCCCAAGGUUCUCUUUCUCCCGGAGUUCCCUGAAGGGUGACGGAACUGGCAGGAGGCAGUCGUUGGGGAGCUCAAAACGGGACAGUGUCCACUUUGCCAAAGAGCGCACUUCUGCUUCUGCGGGGAUGAAAACCGCCGCCGAUCUGUACAACAUCAGCGCCGGGGACGGGGUGGGCAUGGAUCCGGACAUGGAGGACUUCAGGACACAACACCAUGGCAACUUCUUCCAGAGGCACCUCGGGGCGAUGCUGCAACCCGGGGUCAACAAAUUUUCCCUCCGCAUGUUCGGGAGCCACAAGGGAGUGGCCAUGGAGCAGGAGAGGGUGAAGUCCAUGGGAGUCUGGAUCAUCCACCCUUACAGUGACUUCAGGUUCUAUUGGGACCUUCUGAUGCUCUUCAUGAUGAUGGGAAACCUGAUAAUCCUGCCCGUGGGCAUCACCUUCUUCGAGAGCGAGAACACAGUCCCGUGGAUCAUCUUCAACAUAGUGUCCGACACCCUCUUCCUGGUGGACCUGGUGCUCAACUUCCGCACGGGCCUGGUGAAGGAGGACACGGAGAUCAUCCUGGACCCUCUGGUCAUCCGCUCGAACUACCUGAAGACCUGGUUCCUGGUGGACUUCGUGUCCUCCAUCCCCGUGGACUACAUCUUCCUGGUGGUGGACCUGGAGUCGCUGAUGGUGGCGGACGUGUACCGCACGGCCCGUGCCCUGCGUAUCGUGCGUUUUGCCAAGAUCCUCAGCCUCCUGAGGCUGCUCCGGCUCUCCAGGCUCAUCCGCUACAUCCACCAAUGGGAGGAGAUCUUCCACAUGACCUACGACCUGGCCAGCGCGGUGGUGCGCAUCGUGAACCUGAUCGGCAUGAUGCUGUUGCUGUGCCACUGGGACGGCUGCCUGCAGUUCCUGGUGCCCAUGCUGCAGGACUUCCCUCCCGACUGCUGGGUGGCCAAGAACCACAUGGUGAACGCCUCAUGGAGCGAGCAGUACUCCUUUGCCGUGUUCAAGGCCAUGAGCCACAUGCUGUGCAUCGGUUAUGGCAUCCAGGCCCCCUCCAACAUGACCGACGUGUGGCUGACCAUGCUCAGCAUGAUCGUGGGCGCCACCUGCUACGCCAUGUUCCUCGGCCACGCCACCACCCUCGUCCAGUCGCUGGACUCCUCCCGUCGCCAGUACCAGGAGAAGUAUAAGCAGGUGGAGGAGUACAUGUCCUUUCACAAGCUGCCAGCGGAGAUGCGUCAGAAGAUUCAUGACUACUAUGAGCACCGGUACCAGGGCAAGAUGUUUGAUGAGGAGAACAUUUUGGGAGAACUGAGUGACCCACUGAAGGAGGAGAUAGUGAGUUUCAACUGCCGAAACCUGGUCGACAACAUGCCGCUCUUCGCCAACGCGGACCCCGACUUCGUGCUCUCGGUCCUGACGAAGCUGCGAUUCGAGGUCUUCCAGCCGGGCGAUCUGAUCAUCCGUGAGGGCACGGUGGGGUACAAGAUGUACUUCAUCCAGCACGGCUUUGUGAGCGUGAUCACCCAGGGCAACAAAGAGACCAGGCUCAGCGAUGGAUCCUACUUUGGGGAGAUUUGCCUGCUGACAAAAGGCCGCCGCACGGCCAGCGUCCGAGCUGACACCUACUGCCGCCUGUAUUCUUUGUCGGUGGAAAGCUUCAAUGACGUUCUGGAGGAGCAUCCCUUGAUGAGGCAGGCCUUCGCGGCCGUAGCCGCGGAUCGACUGGACCGUAUUGGUAAAAGGAACUCCAUCCUGCUGCGACAGGCAUCACUGAGGAGAGCUUUGGCAGGGCACAGGAAGCCGAGUGACGCCGGCGGGGGCGGUAAGGGUGGAGGAGCAGCUGGUGCAACAGAGGGCAGCUCCUGGGACAACACUCUUGUGCAGCAAAUUGUCAAACAUGACAUCACGCCAGUGCUGGAUGAAGAAGCACCUCAGCCAGGUACUCCCAAGGCAACAGGCAACGGUCACACUGCCACCCCUAGAUCCACCACCGCUACGCCCGCUGCCCUGACGGAGCAGCAGCAGAACGAGCAGCAGCCCAUCUCCUUAUCCACAUCCUCUGUCUCAGUCUCACCUCCGCAUCCAGGGCCGUUACCCAGAGGAGACACCCCUGCACCUACUACUUUGACCCCCACUCCCUCGUCUGGUAUGAAUAACUUUGGACCCCGCUCGCCUCCAAACUCCGUUCGCCAAACCCUCUCCCACCUCCACCCCUCCCUUAUCCGCUAA